AUGGCGCGUGGCAUGGAAGAAGAGUGGGAGGAUACGGGAAGGAGGGCCGUUGGGAUAGAGGGAGAGAGGGAGGCCCUGCUUUCCCACCCACUCAACCCCCCCUCUCCCCUCCCUCCCCUCAUCUCUUCCUCUCCUACAAGGCCAGCAGCCAGUCCAUCCACAACGUCGGUCAAGGCACCCCUCGGUACCGCCCUAGUCGCAGAACGUUAUAUUACCCCGCCUGCCCUUCUCAAAGCCCCAUUCCCCUACUUCCAAUCCCGAUUGUCCACCGCCGGAGUUUACACAUUGUCCGACCUCCUCAGACCCCAACAAUCGCCGCUGUUUGGUCUGAAUCUGGACUGGUCCGCGAUCCCUGUUGACCCCCAUCUCGCGCCGAAUUGA